UAAAAUAAAAUUUUAUCAGUUCAGUCUGUGAACAUGGCAUAUCAACCGGAGGGACUCUUUGAGUACAUCCUUAUUCAUUACAGAUGGGUUUUCGUAUGUCUUUUCCUCUUGCCUGCGUCUUUCUUUUUCGAUAUUUGGUUGUACUUUCGUAAUUGGAUCAUUUUUAAAUUGAGUAGUGCCCCUAAACAACAUCAUUCCAAAGUGAAACAUGUACAAACUCAGGUAAGAAAUUGGAUUAAGAAUGGAAAGAAACAGUUUAUGUGCACGGCGAGGCCUGGAUGGCAGACUGUCUCCUUCAGAAGACCUAAAUAUAAGAAAACUAUGUAUAAUAUUGAAGUCAAUCUGGUUGACGUUUUAGAUAUUAAUUUAGAAAAGAAGACUGUACGAGUUGAACCUUUAGUCACUAUGGGUCAGCUAACCGCAACUUUGAACUCCUUAGGCUGGACUAUACCGGUGGUACCGGAGCUCGACGAUUUGACAGUUGGAGGUUUAGUUAUGGGGACUGGAAUAGAGUCAUCUUCGCACAAAUACGGCCUUUUCCAACACAUUUGUGUUUCGUACGAAUUAGUUCUUUGUGAUGGUUCUGUUACCACUUGUUCAGCUGAAGAAAACCCGAAUUUGUUCUAUUCAGUACCUUGGUCCUAUGGUACUUUGGGUAUAUUAACUGCUGUCGAAAUUCAAUUAAUCCCAGCCAAAAAAUACGUCAAGCUGACUUACAAACCGUUAAAAACCUUGGAACAAUUAACUCAAGAGACUGAAUCAGCUAGUAAAGACUUAAAUAAUGAAUUUGUUGAAACUUUGGUUUAUGAUAAAGAUAAGGCAGUGCUCAUGACAGGCAUUCAAACCGAUCAAAUAGACGAAAAUAAAGUAAAUGCGAUUGGCAAAUGGUACAAGCCUUGGUUUUUUAAACAUGUUGAGAGCAUGUUGGAAACAAAUGAAAUUGUAGUAGAAUACAUCCCCUUGCGUGACUAUUAUCACAGACAUACAAGAUCUAUAUUUUGGGAACUUCAGGAUAUUAUUCCCUUCGGAAAUAACGUCCUGUUUAGGUUUUUCUUAGGUUGGAUAGUACCUCCAAAAGUAUCUCUUCUAAAACUGACCCAAACUGAAGCUGUCCGAAAACUGUACGAGAACAAUCACGUGAUUCAAGACAUGUUGGUACCUAUUGAAAUGCUCAAAGCUAGCAUUGAAAAGUUUCACGAGGUCCUCGAGAUAUAUCCCAUGUGGAUUUGCCCUUUCAAAUUACCUCCAAACCCCGGAAUGGUACAUCCACCCAUAACUAAUUAUUCCACAGACCCUGUUUAUGUCGAUAUCGGGGUAUACGGGGUACCCAAAGCAAAAAAAUUUUCGCCACUUGAAUCAACGAGAGAGAUCGAAAAAUACGUCACUAGUGUCAAUGGUUUCCAGAUGCUAUAUGCCGACACAUAUAUGUCCCGUGAGGAAUUUCGCACGAUGUUCGACCACCGGCUAUACGACUCGCUGAGGGCUUCUUUGGGCUGCGACUCGGCCUUCGCCGAAGUCUACGACAAAGUGAGCAGAGCCGCUCGGGAGUAGGAACUGAAGAAACCACUGAAGCUGCACUAUUUGCUUUCGGAAGUCACGGCUUGUGGCCAUCAUCAUUCCAGAAAUAAAGAAUGUUGAAAAGAACUAGUGCUUUUUGUGGUCCUUAGUCCUAGUGC